UAUAUUGCACUCCCUCGCAAUCUCAAGUUAACUGUCUCUGUUUUACGGUCAGGAAUCAUGUCUCUUGUCGAAGAAAACUGGCAAACAACGCGACCAACCAUCAGGGAAAGAGCCAAGUUCAUGUUCAACAACGACCGCUUCAGCGAUGUGAAGUUCGUUGUUAGGAAGAUGGAUGGUGAAAUCGAAAGUAAAUAUGUAAUUCCUGCUCACAAGUUUGUUCUGUCGAUCAGCAGCCCUGUGUUUGAAGCCAUGUUUUACGGUGAGUUGGCGGAGACUAAAGACUCUAUUGAACUGCCUGACUGUGAGUACGAAAGUCUGCUGGAGUUGUUUCGUUACAUGUACAGCGAUGAAGUAAAUUUGAACGGAAGUAAUGUGAUGGGAGUGUUGUAUUUGGCGAAGAAGUAUAUGGUGCCUUCACUCGCUGAUAAAUGCACCGAUUAUCUACAAGAUAAGCUCGAUACGUCAAAUGCUUUUAGUAUUUUGCCUAAAGCUUAUCAGUUCGAUGAGAAAAAGCUGGUGAAACGAUGUUGGAAAGUAAUCGAUGAACACUCCGAAGAGGCUAUAAAAUCUGAUGGAUUUGCGACACUUGAAAGAUCUUUAAUUGAAGAAGUAAUCAAACGCGACACACUGAAUAUUGAAGAGGUAGAGUUGUUCAAAGCUGUGGACUCGUGGGCUACAAAGAAAUGCAAAGAUGAAGGCUUGACUGUAGACGGCAAUGUAAAAAGGAAACUUCUUGGAGAGAGUAUCGUAAAAGCAAUCCGUUUCCCAGUCAUGAAGCAACAGGACUUCGCUGGUGUUGUUCUCGACACCAAGAUACUCACACAAGACGAAGUCUUUGAUGUCGUGAAGUAUUUUAAUUCAGUGCUGAGCUCUCCAAUAGGAUUUCCGGUAAAGAAAAGGCUACGUACUUUUGCUUGUUGCAGAUUCGAAAAUUUAAACAAUGCUGACCUAAGCUAUUCUUAUUUUUCUGGGAAGCAAGACUGUCUUAUUUUCACAGUUGACAAAAACCUUUUGUUACUUGGAUUAACGCUAUGUGGAAGUGAAAACAAUGAAUAUUCUGUGAAUAUCCGCAUAAAGGAACUUGACAGGCGCAAUGAAUAUCUUAAUUCUGUGUCCGGGAAAUUUCCAUCUGUGCUCAUUGAAGAAGAAUUGCAUUCCUUUUAUGGUUUCAGAAUUCUCUAUGACGAUCCAAUUGUCAUCAAAAAGGGAAUAAGACAUCGUAUCGAAGCUUCUAUUUUUGGUGCGAAUUCCUGUUUUGGUCGAAAUGGUCAAAAGAUUGUGGCUUGUUCUGGGAUCAAGUUUAGUUUUGCAGACAGUUCUGAGGACAGAAAUGGAACUGGAGUUGCACAAGGGCAAUUUCCGGAACUCCUUUUUCAUACGAUGUAACUGUUGUAUCUUCACGAUUGAGCACUGCCCCCGAUUAUGCGCCGUACUCGUGUCCUGAAGCACCGCAUCUAAGAGCACAAAUUUGCAGUAGCGUCCUAUCCGAAUGACCAUGAAUGACCCUGUAAAAAAAUCUGGAAUUGAAUGACAUAGAUUUGUUUGUUUGACAUUCAAGGAACAGCUAACUCGUUACAAACUUAAGGUGGAUGAUACCAAGAGGUUAUUAUCUUAUAAUAAUCUCUUGGUGAUUUUUAGGUAUUGUUAAUAAUAAAAUUAAGGAAAUUGAAUCAGCCCCAUUUGCUUAUGGUUUUACGUGAGCCUUGAUCUGGAUAGUCUGGCACUUAAUUUAUGCCAAACUGACUCUGCCUUUUUCCAGAAAUCAUUAUUUUACAGCUUCAAUAAAUGGAUAUGAAUUGUAGUGAGUUUAAUGUUUGAAAUUUCUAAAGAAAUGGCGUGAAAAGAUCGAUAAAUCAAUUUGCAUUUUUUUCUGACCAAUUAGAGUAA